UGGGGGGUGGGGGUGCUUGAUCAUCUCCUGGACUGCCUUCCAUGUGCCCUGGCGCCAGCUGUGCUCCUGACCCCAGAAUAAAUCAGGGCUGCACCGGGCCUGGCAGAGCUCCCGACACAUUUCCUGUCGCGGCCUAUGGGAGGCUGUUGGCCGCUGCGACCAUGGUGGGGAUUCUUGGCGGUUGUGGGGCCUGGCGGGAGCGAGGGCGGAGGCGGCGAGGGGAGGGAGGACAGGGUGGAGGCAGCCAGCUGUAGAGGGCGGUGACCGCGCUCCCGAGGCAGUGCUGCGCCCUCGGGCGGGACAGUCCCAAGUUAAGAGCAGCUGUGGGCGCAUAGCCUUCAAGAUGAAGCCGACGCUCGCCCUGUGCCUCCUUGGGCAGGUUCUUUGGUUUGGGCCGGGCGCGGGCGAGCACCCCACCGCCGAUCGAGCUGUGUGCUCGGCCUCAGGGGCCUGCUACAGCCUGCACCACGCUACCAUCAAGCGAGAGGCGGCAGAGGAGGCCUGCAACCUACGCGGCGGGGCGCUCAGCUCGGUGCGAGGGGACGCCGAGUUGCGCGCUGUGCUCGCGCUCCUGCGGGCAGGUCCAGGGCCCGGAGGGGGUUCCAAAGACCUUCUGUUUUGGGUGGCGCUGGAGCGCAGGCGUUCCCACUGCACCCUGGAGAACGAGCCGUUGCGAGGUUUCUCCUGGCUGUCCCCCGACGCCAGUGGAGUCGAAAACGACACGCUGCCGUGGGUGGAGGAGCCCCAGCGCUCCUGCACGGCGCGCAGAUGCGCAGGACUCCAGGCCACCGGGGGAGUUGAGCCCGCAGGCUGGAAGGAGAUGCGAUGCCACCAGCGUGCCAACGGCUACCUGUGCAAGUACCAGUUUGAGGCCUUGUGCUCCGCGCCGCGCCCUGGGGCGGCCUCUGACUUGAGUUACCGCGCGCCCUUCCAGCUGACCAGCGCCUCGCUGGACUUCAGUCCCCCCGGGACCAAGGUGAGUGCGCUCUGCCCCGGGCAGCUCUGGGUCUCAGCCACCUGUAUCGCGGACGAGUUUGGAGAGCGUUGGGACGGGCUACCCGGAGAGACCGUGCUCUGUGCCUGCCCAGGGCGGUACCUCCGCGGCGGCGAAUGCGUGGAGCUCUCCAACUGCCUAGACGACUCUGGAGCCUUUGCCUGCGAAUGUGCUGCGGGCUUCGAGCUGGGGAGAGACGGACGCUCUUGCGUGACCAAUGAGGAAGCACAGCCGGAACAUAGCGGGACUAAGAUGCCCACAAGGCGCCUGCCAGCCACUGCCGCUAGCCCAGUGCCGAAGAGAACGUUGUCACCCAGAGAACAGAAGCCGGGAGAGAUGCCCCACGUGCCUGGACGAGGCAGUUCAGCAAUGUCUACUCCAGAGAUUAUUCAGUGGGGUGCACAGAGUACGACCUCCACCCUUCAGAGAUUCCCUCCAACCAAAUCAGAGACAACCAGCCGCCCAUCUGGAAGUACUAUCCCCCAGUUUAAUUCCACAUCCUCCCCUUCCAUUCCACAGGCUCCUGGCUCCUCCUCCACCGUGGUCUUCGUACUUGUGAGCAUAGCAGUAGUAGUGCUGGUGAUCUUGACCAUGACAGUGCUAGGGCUUUUCAAACUGUGCUUUCACAAGGACCCUUCCACCAGGCCAAGGAAGGGACCUUUGGCCUUGCCGGGCGUGGAGAGUAACACGGAAGCUAAUGCGCGCUCCAGUUCUGCGCAUUGCAUGGACAACGGGGUGCGGGACAGGGCAGAGGGCGCCUCACUGACGGGGUCCUCUCUUGACUCUGGGGACACCUAGGGAAACAAAGGACAAGGGCACUCCAAUGGGAAGGAAGGUGAAGAGGAAUGUAUUUGUGAAUGAGGAUUCCUACAGAAAUCCCCCUUUAAAUUCCCUGGACUGUCCUAGGGAGCUAAACCUCAACAGGACACUCUUCCUGAAGGUGGAAGAGGCAAAAGUGCCUUAAGGUGGUACUGGGCGGGAGGGGGGAGGGGAGUGGGAUCUUGCUGAAAGGAGGUGGUUUUUUACGUUUAUUCGGGGAAAUUUCAAGACAGUGGAAGCAAAUAGAAAACAAUGCAAUUUUUUAAAAUAUUCAUUUUCACCAAAUGAGAAGGACCUUUUCUGUUUACAUGGUUCAGGCUGGGAGUAUAUCGUUUGAAAUUCCCAGGCAAAAAAUAAAAUAAAGUAUUGUUAAUAACCUAGAUUCAAAUAUGAUUGGUUUCCUCCAGGCAUAAUUAUCAAGAAAGAACAGCUGAGGGGCUUAGUGGAAUCAGUAGCAAGAAUGCUUACUGUUUUAAGGUUAAGGGCAGAGUCCUUAAGUCCUUGUAAUGAGGACCGAUCUUUAAGAACUAGUAACUUUACCCUUUGAUCAUUUAUCCUUUGCUUUCAAAGUCACUGCUGCCUAUGUGCUGUGCUAUAAAUCCAAAGUGUAGUGUUGCCAGAGUUGCUGGCUCUAGAAGCAAAUUAUAGCUGACCACCAAUUCAAGUGUUUACUGUGUGUCCUUGCCCAAGGAAACAAAUGAUUUGUGAUUUCCCCUUCCAAUGUCUUCACUCUCUGGUGCAGUGACCUCCCCUACCAAAUAGCUCUCUCCUAAACAUCAAGAUGCUGAUCCUCACUUCCAAUUACGGUGAUGUUAAUUCUCAAGUAAAGCAUUAAUACUAAGUAUUGAUUUGAAGUCUCCUGGGUGCAUUAAAGCAAAAGCAAGCAGGGUAUCUUCCAGAGUUGCUAGGUUCUUAUGCAUGUUUUCCUCUGUGGAAAAGUCUGCAUACUAAGCCAUUUCCUUUUCCUUGCGGCAAGAGUGUGUUCAGCGAUAAUACACGCUCAUCUUGGAAUGGUUACAGUUUAACAAGAGUCUACAUAAGCAAAAGUACAAUAAACAACUUUCCAUAAGAAUUAAUAAUGUAAGACAUAAAUGAUGAAUAUAAAAUCUAUCAUCUUGUUAUGAUUUGGGGUAUUAGAAUGUAAUCUAAAUGAAGCAUUUCUCUGCAAAGUGAGACAUAAUAAAAACCACUGUUUACUUGAGUCAGGCUUCCUAUUCCACUUUUAUUAGUAUGCUGAGACUUUAGGUGUGUGUAGUAUGGAGAGAAACAAGCUGUGUAACAGAAGAAUGAAAACAGGAAGAAACUUAAACUACAUCUUCAUAGGUUCAUUUGGAUAUAGUUGAGAGUACAUGGUAUACAAUAGGGCAGACAAAAUUAGAAAAUGGCUAAUGAAAUAAUCUACUAGGAAAGUAGAUUAUUACUACUUUUAGUGGUAGAUUAUUACCACUUAUUAAUCUACUAGAAAAGCAGCUCAAUCCAUAAAUCCAUGUUCAAAAUAUAUGUAUUUGGUAUUUAAAACUGAAGGAAUAAAAAUAGAUAUUUUGCUUCACUGUACUUCUAAGUAAUUAAAUUCAAGUAAAAUCACAAAUAAAUUAGAAUUAACAUUCAAAGUAGUAGUGCUAAGUAUCGUAAUUGCACAAGUGAAACUAUAAAGAAGGUAAGUAAAUUCUUCCCCAAUGUCCCCCAAUUUGUCAGAAUAUAUCUAAGUCCAAUUCAAUCUUGGUGUUACAUCUUUUCUCUUCAUCACAUGCCUUUCCUUGGAGAAGGUAACUGUUUGAAUAAAAUAUAUGGAUUAGAAAAAUUAGUUUAAUUUAUAACAAUUGUAAUACUGUGUGUGUGUGUGUGUGUGUGUGUGUGUGUGUUUGAACACACUGCCUUAAAGCAUCAUGCCUUGCAACGUUAUGACACAAUAGGGCAUGUAUCAUUAACAUGUCAAGGAGCAUGUGACAGGUGGCAUUAAGCAUCUUAGGCUCCAAAUGUCUUGUAAGAAAAAUAAACAUCAGCCCAAUUACUUGGCCUUACUGUUCCCUAUUAUUUCUGCUUGAAAGUGGACCAGGAAAGAAUAACAGAAAAUUAUUUGUUUUCAUCUUCAAUUUCUUGGCAGAUAGUAGUUAAAACCAAACUGCACAGACUUACCUUUGAUUUCUGGCUAUGAUGUCUUCCCUAAAAUAUUGAUUCAAUUGCAAAAGCAGGGCAGCCAAGCAUGAUCUCUUGAGUCUAUUUGAAAUUAGGGUCCGUGUUCUUCCUUUUCAUUACUUCUCUAUGCACUUCUUUUUAUUUCUCCAACUUGUUUGAAGUCCAUUCCUUUCUUACUUAAAAACUUCUGCUCUCACACUCACCUCGGAGUUGUCUAUUCACUCAAUUUCUCACAAGAAACACUUGGUACCUAAUUUACCGACUUUCUCUCCUUCCUAAGCCCUGCUUCAUCUAAUACAAUCUAAAGUCUUCUUGCCUGAUUGCUCCAAUUCCUAUGUAUUCCAGUUCCUUGACUUCUUCACUUCCAAUGAAUCCCCAUUGGUAUUAGCAACGCAUUCCAACAGUCAUUAAAAUGUAGAUGAUUCUGACAUUACGCCACAUCUGAAAUCACAAAUUCAGAAAUUCUUGUGUGUGUCUUCAGGCAUGUAUGUAGGUUAAAAAGAUCUAUACCUUAAUGAAUUUUGCCAUUGACCAGAGGUAAACCACUACUGUUUAUUUUUGGUAUUAUUUUUUUCUUAGAAGAAUAAGCUUUACAGAGAACAGUAAGCUGACAUAGAAUAAUUAUUUUUAUGUUUCUUAAACAAUUUUAUAUUUAAAGAAAUUGAAAAUAUAUUUUUAAAACUUUUAUUCUGAAUCAUUUAAGAGUAAGUUGCUGAACUAAUACUCCAUAACCUCUGAAUACUUCACUGAUUCCUUUUAGGUUAUAUAAUUUAUUUGGAUCCAAUUUUUCAUAGUAUUCACAGUAGUGAUAUCCUGUCUUCUAUUUUGGAUUUCAGUAAUUUGAGUAUUUCUUCCUUUUUUGGGGGGGGGAGAGUUGACUGUUACUAGCAGUUAAAUAUAUAUUUAUAUAUGUAUUACAUAUAUGUAGUUGUUUAUAUGUUGCUUCUGUGUUUUAUUUUUAAUAUAAUUUUAUUUUGGUGUGAUUGGAAAACAUCCUUUGUACAGUUUUAACUUUUAAAAUUUUUGAUCUUGUUUUAUGUUCUAACCUGGAGCCUAGCGUAUAUGCUAUAGAAAACAUAACAUGGGUACUUGAAAAGAUCUUAUAUCUGCUGUUCUUGGGUAGGGUGGUCUACAGAUGUCUACUGGGACUAGUUUGUUUAUACUGUAUUUCAAGUCUUCUAUUUUUAUCUUUUUCUUAGUUGUUCUGAACAAGAUUUAAUGGUGGACUAUUGAAGUCUCUAAUUAUCAUUGUUGAAUUGUCUAUUCCUCUCUUCAAUUCUGCAAGGUUUGGAUUCAUGUAUUUGAGGAUGCUUUAGGUGCAACUAUAUCAUAUAUCAUAUAUUUACAAUUAUUGUCACUCCUGAGGGAAGAAUCUUUUUAUCAUUAUAAAAUGUCCCUAACUGUCUUUAGUGAGUUUCUUAGGGGUGGUUACUAGCCUAUUUUGUCCAGUAUUACUGUCUUAUGGUUGUAUUUUGCUUAGAAUAUCUUUUUACAUGCUUCAGCUUUUAACUGUUUGUGCCUCUGAACCUAAAGCAUGUUUCUUGUAAACAACACAUAUUUGAACAAAUUUUAAAAUUCAUUUUCUAAAUCUCUGCCUCCUGACUGGAGUUUUCAUAUACUUUUAUUUGUUGUAAUUAUUCAGAAUUUAAAACUACAGUUUUCUGUUGACUUUCAAUAUCUUAGUGUCAUGUUUUUAUGCCCUUUGGUUCCUCCAUUACCCUCUUUUUAUAUUAAAUAUUUUAUAAAGCGCUGUUUUAA